AUGUUUGAUUUCAAAAGAUUUUCACCCCGAAAGACGAUUUAUUCCGAAGAAUUUCUCCGUUAUCUCUUUUUGUUUUUAAUUUCCUUGAUCAUUUUCAUCUUUUUAUGGUCAAAUACAUGGAAGACAGAACUCUUGAUCACAUUGCCGAAUAUCUCAAUUUGUGCAACGAAUUUCCCAAGAUACCGGAAACCCUCUUAUUUAUCGCAUUUCGAUUGUCAACGCCUAUUCGCCGGUGAUAUCGAUUACAUUGAAGAGUUAGAACAUUAUGGAAAGAUUAAAGCAAAGGAGCUUCCCGUUGAACCAAAUUGCUCGAAAUUGCGAGCUCGAGUCAUUGGCGAUCAUCCUGCUCCCGAUUUAAACUAUUCAAUCGCUUUCGCAAGAAAUGUUUACACGGACUACGAGUUACUCGAGACGAUUCUCGGUGUCACCUAUUCACCCACAAACCAUUAUUGUUUCCACGUUGACAUCAAAUCGACACAGAGAUUUAAAACUCAAAUGUCUUAUCUCGAGAAAUGUCUACCGAAUGUUCAUCUUGCGCCAAACUAUUUAAACACAACGAGCAGUGGUCAUAACAACAAUCGAGCUCAUCUCUUGUGUCUAGAGUUGUUGUUGAAAUAUCAAAAUUGGGAAUAUGUACUCAUGUUACAGAAUCACGACUUGGUGGCUCACACAAAUUCGGAGCUUUCAAAAAUGUUGUCGCUACUCAAUGGUACAAACGAUUUCAAUCUGGACAACAUGAUCUGGGGUCGCGUUCGGGCGAAUCAAUCCUUCACAAUGGAUGAUCUCAAUUUUUUCACAAAACACACACCAUUAUCAUUUCCCGAACGAGAAACGGCAAAACUCGAUUUCGCUAAGGGACUCGAACAGGCGACAUUGAAUCGAGCCGCUGUCGAUUGGAUGAUCAAUCGAGUGAAUAUCAGCACAUUGUUGGACCGUUUCGAUGAUCGGAAACUUUAUGCCGUUGAUGAGCAAUUCUUCGCAACUCUUCAAAACUCGGAGACACUGCGUAUGCCGGGCGGGUACCAUAGUUCAUGUUUGCGGAAUCGAGGGAACAAAUUCUUCACUUACUUAACACGACACACUCGGUGGACAUUCGAUCGAUCCUGUAAGCACAAUCGACACUGGAUUUGCCUCUACGGGAUUGAAGAUCUCUGGGAAGCGAGAGAAAUCGCAAGGAAACACUUCACUUUGAACAAAUUCGUGGCAUCUCACGAUUUCGGGGCAAUCAUUUGCAUGGCCGAAUCGCUUUUCAACAGAACUCACUACGGCGAUGAGCCUUUCGAUUUACUUCAUAUUAGGAACCAUUCUGGAGUUCGUUAUCAGAAAGCUACUCGUCAACCGGGAUUUUAUAUCAGCAAUUUUACGUGCAAUGGGAUC